GAAAUCUUUGGAAUUAUCUUUUCACUCCUCUCAUCCGACACCCUGCCUAUUUCAAAAAUUAGAGCGUGUUGAGUAAGUGCUGGAUUACUCACAGGCCCCCCCCCUUUUUUCCGGGCGCAAAACCGUGAUCUGGAUUUAUAAUCGCCCUAUAAAGCUCCAGAGACGGUCAGACACCUGCAAAGCGCCUCGCCACUUCACCGACGAGCGGCCCACGCGAGCUGCGGCCUCGUGAUUUCCCCGCGGAGCGGGUCCCCGCCUCCCCACUCCUCCCCCGCCUCCUCCGAAGCCUAGCAGUCGCCUCGGGAUCUCUCACGUCUCUUGACGCUCGCGUGCGGGACAGAGCUUGCAAGAGCGAGGCAGCAGCUGGAGGUGACACUGGACAAAUUACGCCUGUGACACGAUCCGACCAAGCUUCAUUGAACGGAUCUCUGAGCGCUGAGCGGAGAAGCGGCGGGCGCGCCUAGCUCCAGGUAGCUGAGUCUAGCCGGUUUCUGCGCCUGACACACCGAACAUUCAGGACAGCAGAGGCCUAGGGACCAACGGGCUGAUGGCGUCUUCGACCCCUACCUCGUCCUCCGCCGCCUCGAACGCGGGAGCUGACCCCAGUGCUACCAACCUGCGCCCCACAACAUAUGACACCUGGUGCGGCGUGGCCCAUGGAUGCACCAGAAAACUGGGACUCAAGAUCUGCGGCUUCUUGCAAAGGACCAACAGCCUGGAAGAGAAGAGCCGUCUUGUGAGCGCCUUCAAGGAAAGGCAGUCCUCCAAGAACCUACUUUCCUGCGAAAACAGUGACCGUGAUGCCCGCUUCCGGCGCACUGAGACGGAUUUCUCCAACCUGUUUGCUCGAGAUCUACUUCCAGCCAAGAACGGGGAGGAGCAAACUGUGCAGUUUCUGCUAGAGGUGGUGGACAUACUCCUCAACUAUGUCCGCAAGACAUUUGACCGCUCCACCAAGGUGCUGGACUUUCAUCACCCACAUCAGUUACUGGAAGGCAUGGAGGGUUUCAACUUGGAGCUCUCCGACCACCCUGAAUCCCUGGAGCAGAUCCUGGUUGACUGCAGGGACACCCUGAAGUAUGGGGUCCGCACAGGUCAUCCUCGUUUUUUCAACCAGCUCUCCACUGGAUUGGAUAUCAUUGGCUUAGCUGGUGAAUGGCUAACAUCUACCGCCAAUACCAAUAUGUUUACAUAUGAAAUUGCACCAGUGUUUGUCCUCAUGGAGCAAAUAACACUUAAGAAGAUGAGAGAGAUAGUUGGAUGGUCAGGUCAAGAUGGCGAUGGGAUAUUUUCUCCUGGGGGAGCCAUAUCCAACAUGUACAGCAUCAUGGCUGCUCGCUACAAGUACUUUCCAGAAGUUAAGACGAAGGGCAUGGCGGCUGUGCCCAAACUGGUUCUCUUCACCUCAGAACACAGUCACUAUUCCAUAAAGAAGGCUGGGGCUGCGCUUGGCUUUGGAACCGACAAUGUGAUUUUGAUAAAGUGCAAUGAAAGGGGAAAGAUCAUUCCAGCCGAUUUGGAGGCAAAAAUUAUCGAAGCCAAACAAAAGGGAUACGUUCCUCUUUAUGUCAAUGCAACUGCGGGUACCACUGUUUAUGGAGCCUUUGAUCCAAUACAGGAUAUUGCAGAUAUUUGUGAGAAAUAUAACCUUUGGCUCCAUGUGGAUGCCGCCUGGGGUGGGGGACUGCUCAUGUCCCGGAAGCACCGCCAUAAACUCAGUGGCAUAGAAAGGGCCAACUCUGUCACCUGGAACCCUCACAAGAUGAUGGGUGUGCUGUUACAGUGCUCGGCCAUUCUUGUCAAGGAAAAGGGUCUGCUCCAAGGCUGUAACCAGAUGUGUGCAGGAUACCUCUUCCAACCAGACAAGCAGUAUGAUGUUUCCUAUGACACUGGAGACAAGGCGAUUCAGUGUGGCCGCCACGUGGACAUCUUCAAGUUCUGGUUGAUGUGGAAAGCAAAGGGCACAGUAGGAUUUGAACAUCAGGUCAACAAAUGCUUAGAACUGGCCGAAUACCUCUAUGCCAAGAUUAAAAACAGAGAAGAAUUUGAGAUGGUGUUCGAUGGCGAGCCUGAGCACACAAACGUCUGCUUCUGGUAUAUUCCACAAAGCCUAAGGGGUGUUCCGGAUAGCCCUGAACGACGGGAAAAGCUCCACAGGGUGGCUCCAAAAAUCAAAGCUUUAAUGAUGGAGUCGGGUACAACCAUGGUUGGUUACCAGCCUCAAGGGGACAAGGCUAACUUCUUCCGGAUGGUCAUCUCAAAUCCAGCUGCUACCCAGUCUGACGUCGACUUCCUCAUUGAGGAGAUAGAAAGAUUGGGCCAGGAUCUGUAAUCUCCCUCAGCAGAACAUGAGUUAGUGGAGAAGGUCUCUUUCCCCUGCCACCCUAGAACAAACCUCUAUAAGUUACAAAACCACAUAGUCCAUUUCACUGAGGGAAUAUAUAAUAUCUUGAAGAAUGCUGUUAAAAUCUUACUUAAGCUUGUUUGUUAUAGCUAGCUGGACAGUUCUUUUUAAAAAGUUGCACAUUAGAAACACAGUAUAUAUGUACAGUUAUAUAUACCUCUCUCUCUAUAUAUAUAUAUAUGUAUAAUGAGUGUGGCUUAGAAAUAGUUUACAGCAUGUUUCCCACUCCAAGAGAAUUAGCUUUAUCUUCAACAGUUACUGCAGGCUAAACAUGAUGCAAACCAGCUUGCCCAACAAUUACAAGAAAGAUGUUGUUCAAAAUGUAGAGUCCUGGGGACCAAGGGAAAUGCUGGUGGUAGGAGUUGACCUGACUGUCGUCGUUUCACUUACCUGAAGUCAUGAUGGAUGAGAAAAAUCAACACUAGUUGAAAAGUCACACCUUCCCUGUUAAUAUCCUAUUAGGGGAAAAUAGUAGCAUUGUUACAGAGGUACUAUUGCUGUGUUUUAGAGAUUAAUUUGUGUAGAGUGUGUUGUCUGAUCUUGGGGGAGAGGAAGAACACAUGUAAUGAUUUCAAUGAUUGUUGAAUUGUAGGUAGAUGAAAUAUUUGAUUAUUUAUAUUCAGAGAUUUAUCAUGUUAAAGAGGUGUGUGGUAUUUUUUUCUCAUUUGUAAUGUAUCUUAUUUAUAUAUUAUUGAAGUAAGUUCUGGAAACUGUUUAUGGUAUUUUCGUGCAUUUGUGAGCCAAAGAGAAAAGAUAAAAGUUAGUGAGACUUGUAUUUAUAUUAGAGUGCCCUUAAAUAAUGACUUAAGCAUAAGUUUACUGAACUGCCUGUAAAUGAAUCCUGAUACUGUAUAUAGAGUCAUAUAUAUGGAAAUUCCAUGACUUAAGUUGCAUCUGGUCUUCUAUUCCCUGCUUUGUCUGGCUGUAUGUCUGGUGUUCUCAGUGCUUUUCUAGUAGCUGUUGGAUACUAACUGUAGAUCCCUGUAAUUUUGUAGUUCUUCAUGACCAAUCUCUGUGACUCACUUAGCUGAAACCUAAGGUAAUGUUUCCGAAGACCUUCCGAAGAUCUCAGAUAAAUUGACCAGGCUCACAACUGUUUUUGAAGAGAGGAAGUCCACACUGUGCGUUUUAGAGUAUGUAAGAAGAAUAUAAAUAAAAAUAUUCUCCAUAGAGAAUUUGAACAAAA